AUGGCACCUACCACUCUCACAUCCUCAUUGACCCCGGUCCACUUAUUCUCCCAUGGAUCUACCAUGAUGUUGGGUGAGGAGUCAGAAGCUGCGACAUACUGGAAAAGGGCAGGAGAUGAAGCCCUGGCUAACAAGAUCAAGGGUGUCAUCAUGAUGGGCGCGCAUUGGGAUGCCUCUCAUGACAGGAUAGAGGUUGCAACCAACCCCAACCCUGGAAAAUCGCCAGUCGCCUAUGUUCACCCCUCCAAAUACGUCGACUACAAACUCAAUCCUGACCUUGAGACGGCUCAACGCUGUGUUUCAAUGCUUGCCAAGGCUGGGUUCAAGGUGUCAGGCAAUGCAACAUUCGAUUGGAUUCAUGACACAUAUCUAAUCCUCAUCCGCAUGUUCCCAGAUCACUGUCCACCCACAACCCUCAUUUCCAUGAAUGCUCGAUUUGACCCCCAUUACCACGUCAAGGUCGGUCAGACACUGCGUUCUCUGCGCAAGGAAGGCUACCUCAUCAUCGGCUCGGGUGGCUCUGUUCAUAACCUCUACAGAAACCAUUGGGGCUCCAUGUUGAGAUACUCUGACAACUUCGCUCAAGAGGUCCCUCCCGAAUACUGGGCUUUAGAGUUUCGUCAGGCGUUCGAGGAUGUUGUGACCAAAAACUCGGGACCGCAGUUGCGUCGUGCAGUGACGCGCCUCAUGAAAAACCCGCUCUAUCGAGACGCUCACCCCACCGAUGAUCAUUUUAUGGCAUCUAUGUUUAUUGCCGGCGCGGUUGGAGAUGAGGAGGAUGAAGGCGUGCACGGAGAGUUAAAGGCCGAGACAUGGGAGUUGACCAAUAUGUGUAAUAGCCAGUUUACAUUCGGGCGCUGGCCAAAGACCCCAGCAGUUAGUGUUUAA